AUGAAUACCACUGGCAGUGAAGUUGGAGAAUCAUUUCACUUCGUUAACAUAACACACCAGAAUGGUGUUAAGUUCAGAGUUCGAUUGAGGAUAAAUGACAUUGAUAAAGCAAACGCAGAUCCUGUUUUUCUUGAAGAGUUGGCAGAGAGGUACUACAAACUAUAUCAAAAAAAUCUUAUAACACCUAUUUUUGUACCUGAACCUGAACCUAAUAUAGAAUACGAUAUGGACACAGUUGAAGAUAUUGAAAACUUUGACCCAGUGUCAUCUGAAAAUUUACAUGACACAUUCAAUGAGAUUGAUGAAUAUUCCGUUGCAGUGUCAUCUGAAAAUUUACAUGACACAUUCAAUGAGAUUGAUGAAUAUUCCAUUGAAUUAUCAGCUGAAGACCAAGCAGCAAGUCCUAUUGUGGAGCAAAGGUAUAUAUGGUCACGAGAUGCUGUGUUGUUGUUACUGGAUGAAUUACUGAAGAGGAAAGACAACCUUCAACAACCUCAUAAAAAAAGAAUUUUAUUUGGUGAAAUAGCAGGUGUGUUGAAAAAAAACAAAUAUAAAGUCACUUGGGAGAGCUGCGAACGAAAGUGGAGGGGCCUCCAAACAAUGUACAAGAAGAAAAAAUCUAUUGAAAAUAAGUCUGGACGUGGUGCAGUGCAGUGGGAUUAUUUCGAAAAAGUUGAGGAAAUUAUUGCAUUUGACCCAGCUUAUAACCCCAUGAUCACUGCAGCUGUUGGUGCAGAAACAGUAGAUACUGCUAGAACAGUUAAAAAAAAAAGUCAAACGUCUACUAAAGAUUGGUUGGAGAAAUCAUUCAAGGAAACAAACAAUAACAUCCGAGAAUUGAAGGAAACAUUCAAUGAUUUCAAGCAGGUACAGGUUCAGAGGAACUCAAUAUUGGAUCGUGUAGCUACUGCACUGGAAAAAUUGACAGAUUGAGACAUUUGAGAUUUUAUUGCUUGCUAUUAGUAUUCUAAAAUAAUUUAGUAAUUUUUUACCUGAGAUAUCUAUUGUACCUGA